AUGGGCCUGGAAAUGCUUCCAGACGAAGUCGUCCUUUCUUUGACGAACCAAUGGCCAUGUAGAGACUUGCAGAUCAAGACACUCUCCGCUCUACUUUCCCCCAGAUUGAUCAGUCCAGGAACCUUGGUAGUGUAUGGUCCAGAGUCUACUGCGAAAACGGGACUGCUCAAAUCGUAUCUGGAACUUUCUGGUCUCAAGCAUGCAUUCAUUCCUUGCUCAGAGUGCAUUACUGGCCGCCACUUCCUGGAGCGGACUCUGGCAGCCUGCGUGAACGCCAUCGAACAGGCAGUGGAUAUCUCUCUAGAUGGUGUCAUUCCCUCAAGAUGCGAAAGUUUAAGCACCUUGACAAGCUCCUUUGAACGUCUUUUCGAGGGGAUUGACAAAUUUGUACUCGUUCUGGAUGGCAUCGAUGAGCAAAGAGAAGCUCCUCCAACUUUACUACCGACUCUAGCACGUCUGGGCCAGCUCAUUCCCUGUCUCAGUAUUGUCAUGGUUGUCACAUAUCCUCAUCCACGACUUCUCCAUCUUCCCGGUGCUCCCCACAUAUACUUUUCGCCGUAUACUCGCGAGCAAGCCAUCCAAAUCGCCUCUGUUCGGCCACAAGCCAUCUUCAACGAGCCUCUUUCUCCUUCUGCUAACUACUCGGAUGAACUUGCCGCUGAAGAUGAUGCAUGGUUAUGGUCGCGAUACUGCGCUGCUGUGUGGGAUUCCUUGGCUAGUGGUGCUGCACGAGACAUAGUCACCUUCAAGUCCAUCCUUGAUAAAUUAUGGCGGCCAUUUGUACAACCAAUUGUAGAUGGCACGUACGGAACUCGUGACUUCAGCAAGCUCAUGGUAGCACAACGCAAGAUUUUCCAAGCCGAGAGUUGUCUACUGGACUCUGUUAUCGACGAGCCUCAGGAGGACACUACCGUACUUACGGAUGUUACUCAUGACCUACCUUACUAUUCCAAGUGGCUUCUUUGUGCUGCUUACCUCGCCUCCUUCAACCCAGCUCGUCAAGACAACAUAUACUUCAUGAAGGCGACGGAGCGAAAACGUCGCAGGAAAGGUGGCGGCGCCAUCGCAGGCCGCGAGUCAAAGAAUCGCAAAAUACCUAGACAUCUUCUCUCGCCCAGUCCUUUUCCGCUCGACAGGCUACUCGCUAUCCUCCACGCUGUGCUGCCGCACGAUCUCACACCAACGAUGGACAUAUACACACAACUAGCGACAUUGUGUUCUCUAAGACUACUGUUGAGAACGGCGGUCAUCGGAGGUGACUUGCUUGAACCAGGAGCCAAGUGGAAGGUCAACUUUGGCUGGGAAUAUGCACUCAAGUUGGCUCGCAGUGUGGGCUUCGAUAUCACUGAUCAUGUAGCCGAAUGA